AUGUUUUUAAAUUUUUUUUAUACCUCGUCUGACUAAUUGUGUAGUUAAAAGUUGUAUUUUACAUUUUAGUAGUUAGUAAUUGAUUUUUACGUAUUCUUUAAGCUAGCCUAGUUGUAUAUUUCAUGUGAAGAAUGAUUGGUUACCUCAGGAGCGCCAACAGUUCUUCACGUGCAUAACCUAAAAAUGAUGGAUUCUAAAUAUGCGAUUGGAAACGGGCAAAACUCUAUUAACAAGUACAAAAUCAAAAUGAAACCGUUACCGGUAAUAUUCAACAACUCCAGCGGACCUCCGAACGCCAAAAAAAUUAAACUGAACGACGAAAACCGCAAUUCUACAAACGGCCACACAAAUAACAAUAAACCGAAAAUUAGCAUACAGGACCAGAGGAGGAACCUACCCGUGUUCGACAAAAGAAAUAAACUCUUGGAACUCGUUAAAAGGCACAAAACUUUAAUAAUAUUGGGUGAAACGGGUAGCGGUAAGACCACUCAAAUCCCUCAGUACAUACACUCUGCGAGACUACAAGAAAAUGGUAAAAUCGGUAUAACACAACCUAGAAGAGUGGCUGCUGUUAGUAUAGCUACUAGAGUAGCUCAGGAAUUUGGCCAUGGAAUGACCGUGGGUGAUACAGUAGGUUACUCGGUGAGAUUCGAUGACUGCACAUCAAAUAAAACGAAAAUAAAAUUUAUGACUGAUGGUAUGUUAUUAAGAGAAGCGAUGUACGACCGGCUUUUAAUGGAAUAUACAGUGAUAAUAUUAGAUGAAGCUCACGAAAGGACAAUUCACACCGAUGUGUUAUUCGGAAUUGUUAAAAAGGCGCAAAAAACUCGAGAAGAUCGAAACCAAACUCCUUUAAAAAUUAUUAUUAUGUCUGCUACGAUGGACGUAGAGCAUUUCUCGCAGUAUUUCAACAACUGUCAAGCUGUAUAUUUAGAAGGUAGAACCUAUCCUGUUAAUAUUAAUUACACCAUUAAACCUCACGACGAUUACCAGACCAGUUGUGUCGCAACGUUUUUCAAAAUACAUCGUGAAGCUCCUUCCAAUCAUGACGUGUUGAUAUUCCUAACCGGACAAGAGGAGAUUGAAGCCUGUGCACAACGAAUACGCUUGCUAGCAAAAGAUCCCGAUGUUCAAGGACCUUCGGUUAAAUGUUUCACGUUAUACGCAGCUCAACCUAGUGCUCAGCAAAUGAGCGUAUUUCAGCCUUCACCUCCAAAUACCAGAAAAGUAGUUAUUAGUACAAACAUAGCGGAAACUAGUAUAACGAUACCAGGAAUACGCUACGUUAUUGACAGUGGUAUGGUGAAAGCGAGAACAUUCCAUCCAUCGACGGGCUUGGAGCUGCUGAAAGUGCAGAGGAUAUCGCACGAGCAAGCGUGGCAAAGGGCCGGCAGGGCGGGCAGAGACUCCGAAGGCCAUUGUUAUCGAAUUUAUACGAGAUCUCAAUUCGAAUUAAUGAAGAAAUCGACGGUACCUGAGAUUCGAAGGGCGAAUUUAUUGACUGUGUCGCUUCAACUGUUGGCGCUCGGCGUCCACGCGAAUUACUUUGAUUUCUUAGACAAGCCGCCGAAAGAGGCCACAGUGGCUGCUUUCGAGCAGCUACAACUUUUAGGUGCUGUGGACGACGUUAAUUCGAUUUGUUUAACGCCUGUGGGGCGGAAAAUGGCGAAAUUUCCUUUAGAUCCAAGAUUUUCAAAAAUAAUCUUAGCAGCCGAACAGUACGGUUGUCUGCAAGAAGCCCUCACCGUAGUAUCCCUACUUAGUACCGAAUCCAUACUUAUUAAUCCUGUUACUAAACAAGCGGAAGCUCAAAAGGUCCGCCAGAAGUUCUGUUCAGCUUAUGGAGAUCUCAUUACUCUACUGAAUAUAUACCGGGAGUUCGAAGCCGUGGGUCAAAAUAACAAACGAAUAUGGUGCCAUGAACAUUUUAUUAACAUGCGGAACAUUUUGCAUGCCAGAGAAAUUAGGAAUCAAUUGGAGCAAUUGUGUAAAAAAUGUGAUAUGGGCGCGAUGUCGUCUUGCGGAGGUGAUUUAGAUAGGCUUAGAAAGUGUUUAAUUAUGGGUAUGUUUAUGAACGUGGCGGAGUUGGUUAGAGAUCAUCAGUAUAUCACGUUGGAUAAGAAACAGUCGGUGCAAUUUCAUCCUAGUUCGUGUUUGCAUCGACAACAGCCCCAUUUAGUUCUCUUCGCAGAAGUGGUGCAAACUAACAAGUGCUAUUUAAGGGGUUUGACUACAAUAGAAGCCGAUUGGCUUCGAGAAAUUGUUCCAGAUUAUAUGAAAAGCCAUUCGCUUAGGUUUAACAGCAGUUGAUAAUUUAUUUUCAGUUAUUUCCAUCAGAUGAUGAUUAAUUUUAAGUUUAUUCUAAUUACUUUUAAUAUUGAUACAAAAAAUACCUAAAUUGGAACAAUAGCCAAUUUUUAAUCACCUUGCAUGAGUAAAUAAAUAUUUCUGUCUAAAAUGGUUGAAACGAUUAUGUUGAUUUUAUUUCUGCACUACUGAGACAUGUUUCAAAAUCAAGACAUGUAUGCUGAAUAUGUAUUUGUUUUGUUAUUUAACUUUGU